GCUGUGGCCGCCGCGGGCAGCGGGCGGCAGGCGGCGGCGCCGGGCGCUGCCAUGCGGGCGGGCGGCGCCGGGGCUCGGGGCGGCUGAGGGCGGCGGCGGGGCCGGCCGCGGGAGCCGCCGGGCCGGCGGGGAGAGGCCGCAGGGCAUGCCAGCCGCCUGCCCCGAUGUUUCACUGGAGCAAGUGGAAGAAGAGGAUGGGAGCGAGCGCCUCCUCCUCCAAGAGACCCGUCUUCGACGAGCGGGAGGACGUGAACUUUGACCACUUCCAGAUUCUCCGGGCGAUUGGGAAGGGAAGCUUUGGCAAGGUGUGCAUCGUGCAGAAGAGGGACACGGAGAAGAUGUACGCCAUGAAGUACAUGAACAAGCAGCAGUGCAUCGAGAGGGACGAGGUGCGCAACGUCUUCAGGGAGCUGGAGAUCCUGCAGGAGAUCGAGCACGUGUUCCUGGUGAACCUCUGGUACUCCUUCCAGGAUGAGGAGGACAUGUUCAUGGUGGUGGACCUGCUCCUGGGAGGUGACCUGCGCUAUCACCUGCAGCAGAACGUUCAGUUCACCGAGGAGACGGUCAAGCUGUACAUCUGUGAGAUGGCGCUGGCCCUCGACUACCUGCGCAGUCAGCACAUCAUCCACAGAGAUGUAAAACCAGACAACAUCCUCCUCGAUGAACAAGGUCAUGCCCAUUUAACAGAUUUUAAUAUUGCAACAAUCAUUAGGGACGGUGAAAGAGCGACAGCGUUGGCUGGGACAAAGCCAUACAUGGCCCCGGAGAUUUUCCAUUCCUUCCUGAGCGGCGGGACGGGCUAUUCCUUCGAGGUGGACUGGUGGUCUCUGGGAAUCAUGGCCUACGAGCUGCUGCGGGGCUGGAGGCCGUACGACAUCCACUCCAACAACCCCGUGGAGUCCCUGGUGCAGCUCUUCAGCACUGUCAGCGUUCAGUACUCCUCAGCCUGGUCCAAGGAAAUGGUCGCGCUGCUGCGCAAGCUGCUGACAGUGAACCCUGAGCAUCGCUUCUCGUGCCUGGCCCACAUCCAGGCCUCGGCUCACCUGUCGGGCGUGGUCUGGAGCGAUGUGUGCGAGAAGCGCGUGGAGCCGGGCUUCGUCCCCAACAAGGGCCGCCUGCACUGCGACCCCACCUUUGAACUGGAGGAGAUGAUUCUGGAGUCAAGGCCCCUGCACAAGAAGAAGAAGAGGCUUGCAAAGAACAAGUCAAGGGAUAACAGCAAAGAUAGCUCCCAGUCUGAAAAUGACUAUCUCCAGGAAUGCCUUGAAGCUCUCCAGCAGGACUUUGUCAUCUUCAACAGAGAGAACACCGCUCUUCUUCAGCGCAUUGUGCAAAACUGCUCAGCAGCCCCUGGCAGAAACCAGGAGCGCCAGAGCCUGCUGGGGACAGGAUUUCAGUGACCCUGUUUGCACUCAAUCCCUGGAGAGGAAAGGGCCUGAAAAGAGCAACUGGAAAAGGGACAAGUGGCAGGAAACAGCUCAAUGUUCUCAUUGUCAGAACCCCUGUGGGGGUUUCAGUGCUCUGGGGCCUCCCAGCCCCCUGUGCCCCACUCCGGUCCCCUCCUGUGUCCCCACUGCUGUGUCCUGUAAGGAGCCAGUGCCAGCUGGCUCCUGUUGGCCCUACACACCUCUGUGGCUCCUGCCAGCAUGUCCUAGCUCACCUCAUCCACAACGGAGUCCUGGGGGUCUGUUCCUCUCCUCCCUGUGCCCCUCCCAUGGGUGUUGGCUGUCCCUGGCUGCUGGCAUGGGCUGGGGAUGGGGACAAAGGCGUGGCAGGGUUGUGGUGCCCUUGUUGGUGCCAUGGUUCUGGCUGUGCCCUGGCUACUGCUGCUGAGCAAACCUCACAGUGAAGUUGUGACAGACCCCUGGUCCCACAUCCCAGCCUGGAAGGUGUCACUGGCAGCUCUGGGUUACACCUCCACUACAGCCAGAACACAGGAAUCUUCUGUACAUAAAUAUUUAAAUACCUGUAUUUUUUUUGUAUGACAGAUUUAUACAGUGUGUGCCAUUAUCUGCUGUGAAAAGUCUACAGCACUAUAAAUUAUUCUCCUUUAAUCACUUGCCAUGAGAUUGUUUUCUUAUCUCUGUUGUGUUUCAAAGUUUUGCAAAGUUGCAUAUUUUAAAGUGUUUGCAUUGAAUUCCACAGCCUUCACUGGGAAUUUUGUGCAGAAGACAAAUGCCAGGUCAGGUCCUGAUGUUUCUUCUGUUGCCAAUUCUCUAUUACUCCAGAGCUUGCCAAAAAGAGUCCAAGAGUAAUAAAAUAAUAGCAAAAAUACCAGUAAUAUGGACUUGACCCUAGACAGUGCUGAAAUCCUGCUGCCUUGGAGGGUAUUUUUAAAAAUAAUUUCAGUGCAGAUAUAUGUAAAUAUAUCUUUGUAUUUUAUGUUAAUACAUUCCUGUAAUUUUCUUGCAUGACAAUUUUACCACAUCACAGAAUAUUUAAGUUAGAACAAGGUUGUGUUUUUGCAGAUACUGCCGGAAGCCAUUGCACAUGUGGAGUAAUAAAUGUGUAUUUUUAACAC